UCCAUCGCGACUGAGUUGCAGCACAGCUGUCAGACAGCUUCUUCUGGGCCCGUGCGCGGCGCGCUCGCACUCGCACUCGCAGUCACGCGCGCAGCUCGCGGAGACGAGACGACGAGUCUAGCAGCGUUUAACGGUGCACGGUUACAGUAAACAGCCUGAAAGUUUGUAUGCAACAGGCCCCGUCUCUGGGAAGUUUGUUACCUUAGAAGAAAACGAGAAAUUGUGCAGAUGUCUGCAAAUUUGGUUGUUUGUGAUGGCAAGGAAGGGAAACAGGACAUGAAAAAACAUUGUAGCUGUUGCCUUGAGUGCAAUUAUCACUGUCAGCUCAGUACAUAGAGACAAAGAGGCAUGAGGAGAGGGGCCAGGACAGGGGUGAUGGAUUUGUCUUUCUUGCUAGUGAUCUGUGGAGUGGUGGCUUCAGCACUGGCCACAAGCACUGAUGAUGCACAAGACAGACCCAAGAAUGAAGAUAACCCAUUCCAUUACGAUUAUGAGUCUUUGAGGAUUGGAGGACUGAUCUUUGCAGUGGUGUUGUUCCUUAUGGGUAUUGUACUAAUUCUCAGCAGAAAAUGCCGCUGCAAGUUUAAUCAACAGCAACCUACUGGAGAGCCAAGUGAAGAGGAAGGCACUCUGAGAGCAUCUAUCAGACGUAUGUCAAGCAGAAUGAGAUGAGUAUGGAGCUAUUACAGAACCUGCUUCUGAAGUUCUGACAAGAAAUUUCUCUAAAUUCUUCUCUUGCUAAGGUUGCCAGUUUGUUCUCCUGCAAUGUUCAAAGUGGAGUCCACAUCAAAAUUGUACUUUCAGCUCAUCAUUCAACAUACAUCUUGACUGAACCAUCUUUAUGGUUAUUUUACUGUUUCCUUUAUUUACUUUUAAUCUAAUUAUGUUAUUUUAUUACUUGGAGAGUACAUCUUGAGUAUAUUUGAAAAUAAGAAUGUUAGUAAAAAACAAAAAUAAAUUUUAAGUUUACAAAUUGAA